AUGUCGUCGAGAAAUCAACAAACAAAUGAUGAGAAGAUCAAACUGCCUGACUGGCUAAGGGCAGAACUAUUUGAGAACUUGCUGAAAGAAACUAUUGAACAUUUUAAGGCAAUAAAAGCGUUUAAAGCGGUACCCGGAACAAAACCUGGCGAUAAUUACGCCACGGUUAUGCUGCGAAUCGAGUUGGAGGUGGAAUUAAAAGAUAACACAACUAAAUCCAUAACGUACAUGCUGAAAAUUCCACAUGUCUCGGAGGCAUAUCAAGAUACCUUUGGAAAAGCCAAGCAUAGCAUAUUUGAUAUUGAACGGGAAGUCUUCACUAUAUAUGUAGAGGAGCUCAAGCAGAUUUACCGGGAUGUUGGCCUGCAGAUUGAGUUUGGUGCCAAGUGCUAUAAGUUGGACAUUCCAUAUGAACAUGUGCUGCUAGAGGAUCUAAAACCUUUGGGCUUUCAACCUGUUAAUCGUCAGGCAGGCCUCGAUGAGGAGCAUACCCUGGAUGUGCUCACAAAACUGGCUCAGUGGCAUGCAGCUUCGGUCGUUCGGGUAGCCACAAUUGGUCCCUAUCCCAAACAUAUAUCGGGGGGAAUUCUCAAUGAGGAUGGCAAGUGUGUGAUAAGCAAAAUGACCGACGAAAUGUUACCCUACGUGCUUAAGGCCUUAGAAUCAAUUGAGGGACAUGAGGCGUACUACGAGGACAUUAAAAGUUUGGGUGGCCAAAUUACGGAAAACAUUUUGCAAGCUGGCGUAGUCGAUCCCAAUGAGUUCAAUGUUUUGAAUCAUGGCGAUUGCUGGCUGAGCAAUAUGAUGUUCCGUUAUGAUCAGAAUACAGGCCAGCUAUUGGAUUCGUAUCUGGUCGACUUUCAAAUGUGUAACUAUAGCAGCGUUGCAUUUGACUUGCUUUAUUUCCUGAUAUCAUCACCCAAACUGGAGCUGAAAGUAAAUAAAUUCGAUUAUUUUGUAAAGCAGUACUACGAUCAGCUGAUAAAACAUCUAAAGCUAUUGAAUUACACUAAAAAGCUACCCGAUCUAGCUGAUAUACACACAACACUUAUACAGAAAGGCAUUUGGGGGUAUAUGACGACUUUUGGUGUUUUGGCAGGCAGUGCGUUGGAACCUACUGAAACAGCUAGUUUUGAUAAUCUAUUUUCCGAUACGCCCGAAGGAGACGCAUUUAGAACUCUUCUAUAUUCUGGUAAGGUCUACAAGGAACACGUCAAGGUUAUCCUGCCUUGGCUACAGAAUCGGGGAGCUCUCCAGUCCCGCAUUCGCAAUGAUAACUAAUCAUUAAUUAUAUUUUAACUUUGUUCAAAUUCAAAUUUUGUUUCUAAGAAUUGUAAUAUAAAUGUACUAAAAAGAAUGCCUUAAUAAAAUUAAAUUCAUCAAAAAAA